AACAAAUUUCGAUAAAAUUGGUUCAGUAGAUUUUGCAUUCAUCUGCUAACAGAUAAACAAACGACGAUGAAAACUUAACAUCCUUGGCGAAAGUAAAAAAUUGAUGCAGGAGGAAUAAUAAGUUUAACACAUGAAAGACCAUGUGGAUAACCCAAAUCUGUUUUCUGUCUGUCUUCUGCUCCUCUAGUUCCUGUUUGUGCACAUUGCCUCAUGGCGUUGAGACCUCUUUCUCCCGUCUUCUCUGCCGCAUCCUCUCUGCCAAGUCUUCUUUGGACGUGUGCAUUUUUUGCUUUUCUAACAUGGAUCUAUGCAGGGCUUUGUUAGCGCUGCAGAGCAAGGGCGUAACCAUCCAAGUCCUCACUGACAAGGACUACUCUGCCAUCCCUGGCUCCCAGAUAGGGGUCCUCCGCGAGGCUGGGAUCUGUGUGCGCUGUGACGGGACCCCUGUGUACAUGCACCACAAAUUUGUAGUGGUGGACGGUUGGCUGCUCAUCACUGGCUCCCUCAACUGGACGCUGUCAGCAGUGCAGAGCAACAUGGAGAACGUGCUCAUCACGGACGAGCCCGAGCUGGUGCGACCCUUCAUCGCAGAGUUCAGCAGGUUAUGGGCGUUGAACGAUCCGGCUCGAAACCAUCACGCAGUCGACCAAAAACCUGCUCACGUUGUCUCUAGAACCUGUGACUAAUACGCUGUGAUGGGUGUUUAAUCAGAGUGUGUGAGGUUGAAGGUCUGUAUGUAAAAGCCUUGCAGUCAGCUUACCUCCAGAAUCUAUAUUGUCUUGUUAUAGACUCGUUACUUUAAGUUCUUGAAGAUUUGUUCAAUCGAAGAUGUUGCUGUGGAAGAUGACAGGAGUUGAAAGCCUUUAAUAUGUAUAUAAGAAGACAGGCCUGAUUUUGACAUCUAUCAGGCAGAAUCUGGUUUAUUUCUUUAUAAAUUGUACAUCACUGUGUACUGCUGUUGAAGUGCUGUAAUCGUCCGCUUGCCACAGACUUAAGAUGAGGAUGUUAUCUCAUAUAUAAUUUGGCCUGUUUAAAAACAUGUAAUCCCCUGUUCCGGUUAGUUUAGAACAUUUCUUAAGUUUUCAAAACCUUGUUUAUAUUUGUGCAUACUGUGUCACAGAUUGGAAACAUGUUAUACCAGCUAAAACAGUUAAUUUUUUUUGAUUGUCAUUUGUGACUACAUUGAUCUUGUUCCUUCGUAACCAUUACAUAAUCAAUAAUCUAUUAUUUUAUAUACACAGUCUUCAGAUGUUGAGUUUUAAUAAUUUUUUAAAAAUCAGUCCACAAUUCAGUUUGUUUACAGUAGCUCUAGACUACACCGGCUGUAAAAACCCAGGAUGUGCUAUACUGCUGCGUCAGAUAUUUAUGCCAAAAACCAACCUCUUUCACACUGCAGUUUUGGCAGGUCGGUUGCAUCAAUGCCCCACAGCAGCAGUUUUUCUCCUGCUCGAACAUGAUUCACUUAGUUUCAUAUUCACCGAAAGGCCUCACAGCACAAAUACGUGCUGGUAUUCUCAGUGUUUAACAGUACCAGCCUUUGUGGUUUGCCUGUGGAGUUGAUCUGGUCUGGACAUGAUAAAUGUGCCUGGGUGCAUGACUGCAAUACUCCCAGUCAGGCUGAUGCUUGUCAAUAAAGACCAUAACUGGUUUAUCUAA